UCAUUUGCAUAUUUCUGGGGUCAAAAUGAGCAAGCUAUCUUUCCGGGCUCGGGCGCUGGACGCCUCCAAGCCAAUGCCGGUCUAUAAGGCCGAGGAGAUACCGGACCUUCCAGAUUUUGCAGCCAUUAACCGUGCAGUGCCUCAAAUGCCCACGGGAAUGGAAAAGGAGGAGGAAACGGAACAUCAUCUCCAAAGAGCCCUGUCAGCACAACAGGUCUACGGCACCUCAGAGAGGCUUGUCAUACCUGUGCCGGACAUAGACGAGGUUACAAGGGAAUAUAAUGAGAUGUAUGCACCUGACUGCAAAAUGCCAAAACAAUAUAUUCACAUACAGCCUUUUGGAUUGGAUCAGGAGAUACCGGACUACGAUAUGGACUCUGAUGACGAACAGUGGUUGAACAAGCAGGCCAAAAAGAUGGAAAUCAAUCCUCUCCAGUUUGAGGAAAUGAUGGACAGGCUAGAGAAAGGGAGUGGACAACAGGUUGUCACUCUCCAGGAGGCCAAACUUCUCCUAAAAGAAGAUGAUGAUCUCAUUAUUGCUGUGUAUGACUACUGGCUCAACAAAAGGUUAAAAACUGCACAUGCUCUCAUUCCACAAGUGAAGACAGAAAAACGUGAUGGCUCUACAACUAACAAUCCCUAUGUGGCCUUCAGGCGGCGGACAGAAAAGAUGCAGACAAGGAAGAAUCGUAAAAAUGAUGAAGUAUCUUAUGAGAAAAUGCUCAAACUACGACGGGACAUCAGUAAAGCUGUGACAAUACUGGAAAUGAUCAAACGAAGAGAGAAAGCCAAGAAAGAACUCCUCAAGCUCACAAUAGAGAUAGUGGAGAAGAGAUACCAAGCCACAGACUUUGAUGGCAAACUAUUAGCAGAGGCCAAUGCUGAGAGGCUCAAAUUUCCAUCAUUUUUGCCAAUACAAACCCAAUACAAUAACUGGAAGGAAGAAGUUGGUUUUGUACGAAAAAAGCGUGAAUACAAGAAGAGAAAGCACAAGCAGCAGCAGAACCAGCAGAGACAGCAGCAGGAAGCAGUCCAGCUCCCUCAUUACAACGAGGUGGACAUCCUGCAAACAGAUUACUUUUCUUCUGAGGAGGAGCCAGUGUCACCACCUCUUUCUCAGUCUGACCAUGAAGAUGAAAAUGAUCCUGAUGGUCCAUAUGCAUUUAGAAGAAAAAAUAAUUGUUAUUAUUUAGCUCCUAUCGAUGAUUACCUUGGCAACUGGCCGUGGAGUAGUCGAGAAGAAGGGGGCUGGGGUGAUAAAAAAUAUAGGUAUAAUCUCUCCUCGCUGUCCUCACCCCGACAGUGUGUGGGAUAUGUCCGGAGGAGGAUUGGGCGAGGAGGAAGGGUUCUACUAGACCGAGCUUAUACUCCAUGGGACGAUACGCUGCACGAGUUAGACAUCAGCAGUUCUACCUCAGGGAACUCUCACAUAGAUGAUUACAUUCAUUAUAUUCAGAAUGAGAAAGUGCCCCAUUUCCGACCAAAAACUCCGACAGAAGAGGACUUCUACCAGUCUUCAACUGUGGAUGAAACCUACACUGCCAUUCCAGUCAGCACCGAGUUUAAUCUAGAAAGCUUCCAGGCCCACCAGGAGCAGCUGUUACUCAUGCAGAGACAGCAACAAGAACAGCUGAUCAAAAUGGAAACAGAGACUUUAGAUAGCUCAAUUAAUCUAGGACAUUCCUUCUGCUCGCAGCCCACGUCCCGAUUCACAUUGGAUUCUGCCACGGCGCAGUUUGCGGUGUCUGCUGUGGUAAAUAAUGUGCAGGUGACUGGUGCUCAUGCUGCUGCGCUGACGAAUGGACCCAUUAUGGACAGCAAGGCACAUGGUCUGUCAACGUCACCAGCUGAAAAUGUUCUGCAGUUAAACUUUCCUCUCACUUCAACGUCCAAUAGCAAUCUGUCUUCAGUGUCCACAAGUCCAGUCAACAUAAUCAGCACAGUGAACUCCCAGACCACCCCGGUCAGUGUUCUUGCGGCCAAGGCGGUCACACCGUCCUCACCCAAGAUCCUCAAACUGGCCAACACAGCAGCAGACCAAAUCAAACAAAAUCAUGAAGAUGGCAAUCAAACAAACUCUAUCGUGAAGCAAGAAAACCCUGUUCCUAUGGAAGUCACGUGACAGCGUCCUCCAAGUCCAUCCUAAUGGACAAGACUUCCCCUUUUGACCAGAGUAAAGGGAGGACUGCUGAACCCCCCUCCUCAACCAAUCACAAUUCUGUAAGGUGAUCAUGUGACUUGGAUCACUUGGAUCAUGUGACUUGGUCUGUACAGCACAGUGAGGGUCACCUGAUGGCAGAGAUGCGAGGGAUCUUGUACUGUGGAUUCGUUAUCAGUGGGUUAAGCUGGAAAUGUCGCACUUAGUGUGGAAAGAUUUUUGAAACAAUUGUGGAGCAACCACAUGGGGUCUUUGUUCAAUCAGUAUGUUCAAGCUAAUGGAAUGCUAUGGUUGUUUUGGUGGAAUUAGGAAGAGAUAGUUUAUGUACAAAUGAUAAUGCAAAGAAUGGGAUGGUUUCCUCUUUGGAGGACUUUUUCUUCAUUUGGAAAGGAAAGCUACUGCAUUUUGCACAGAAUUUUUAGAAACGGGGAGGGGCAAUCACUGCAGAUGCUUUGGGGUGGGUAAGGGUCUCUUUCUUUAUUGCCAGGCACUGUACCUAUACCUGGAUAACAUUCUCUUGCUUAAUUUCGGCAUGUACAUCAGUAAGUCUGUAUUGUAGCAUUUGUUCAUGCAGUUGUCUGUUAAAAUACAGUAUGAGAGCUUGUACAAGAGGCCCAAGCCCCACUGUGGAGUUAAUGAAGUACGUCUGUACAAGUUAAUCAGCAUACAAAAUUGUGUUAAGAGGAUAACAAAUGUUGCAUGCAUUACCUUUGUGAAUGUUUGUAAAAAAUUUGUGUAAUGUGUAGAGAUGUUAGCGGAGCGUUCAUGAGGCUGUUUGUAUCGUUGGGAAGUAUGAAAUGACAUUUCACCAUACCUACCAAAAGUUACAUUGCACAACUGAAAGUUUUACAUGUCUGAAGAAUGUGACAUAGACAGGUUUUCAGCAAUCUUUUGUUAUUCUUAUCCCUGCCAAUAAAAGUAAUAGUAGUAGUUACUAUUAACCCCUAUUAAACAGGAAAUUUAUUGGGGAAACUUUUUUUUCCAAAAGAUUACAAUCCAUGUUCUUAGGAUGAGGUCAUAUAAUUUUCAGCUGAAGAACUUUUGGGGGCUACUAGUGUUUAGAUACAAGUGGCCUUCAAAAGUUGAAUCAGAAUAUUGAUGCAAAGAGCCAAACGGUCCUUAAGGCCUUACAUCUUGUAUUUUUUUCAGGUAGCUUUUUAAAGGGAACCAGUGAAAAAGGAUUCAAAGUUAUUUCAAUUAUUCUAUAUUCUCAUUCACAGAGAGAAUGCAUUCUUUGUAGAGAAAAUAUAUCUUGUCUGGCGUGUUACAAUAUUAAACCAUUUUACGAAUGUAACAGAAAUGUGGACAUCGUAGAUUUUGAGUAUUUCAAGUUGAACAUGUUUUGCAAUUUUUGGAGAACUGAUAUUUUUAUAACAAUUGCUUAUCACAUUUGCCAAUACUGUAACGAAUCAAGUCUUAGUGAUAUAUAUUUUAUGACCAAUACUGCACUCAACAAAAUUGGCUUGAUUUUUAACUUCAUGACAAUUUCAGUAGACGAUUAAUGUAUUUCCUAACAGCGCAGCUAGAUUCCCUUGUAUAAAACUGAAAAUUUGUCCAUCAUCAUUGCGCCUAAUUGAAAAGUUUCUCACUGCAAACCAAGUUUGACUAUAAUUAUUAUUAUUGCUCUCAUUUAAAUUAUGUUGUGUAACUAGAACACUGUUAGCACUGUAACACCAGAUUGCAUGACUCUGGAAUGGCAAUGUCAUUUGGGUAUAGAGGGAGCUGCUGUCAGAAUGUGACCCACUUUUAUAAAAACUGUGAUAUUGAAAUGUUGACAUUAAAAAAAAGAGGAAGAAAAUAAAAAAUAAAAAGGUAA